AUGGUCCAGUUGCAAAGAAAGGACAUUCCCACAAAACACCAUUAAAUUGACUGUCCAGUUUGGCUAAUACUUUGUACACGCAACACCUCCUGAUUGGCCAUCUCCUAGAUAUCUCCCACCACCCAAUUGAACAAGAGAUAAGAUGAGAUUGGCUAAGACGAGAUUGAUUGGAUAAAAAGCAUGUCUAAAAAAGUAAACACCACCUCUACAUUCAUCCACCACCACACAACACCUUCACCACCACAACCCAUUCCAAAAUAUUUUAGAGAGAAACAUAAAAAGCUUCUAGUAAUGGGAGUAGGAUCCAAGUCAUGUGAGUCCUGCAAAACCUCUGCCGCUACUCUCUUCUGCAAAGCGGAUUCCGCGUUUCUCUGCGUGGUUUGCGAUGGGAAGAUUCACGCGGCUAAUAAGCUGGCCUCGAGGCAUCCGCGGGUCUGGAUGUGUGAAGUGUGCGAGAAUUCGCCGGCUUCGGUGACGUGUAAGGCGGAUGCGGCGGCUUUGUGUGUUGCUUGUGACCGGGAUAUCCACUCGGCGAAUCCCCUGGCUCGGCGGCAUAAGCGGAUUCCGGUUGUGCCGUUUUACGAUGCGGCGGCUGCGAGCAGAGGAGGCGGUGGAGAGGGAGAUGAUGAUGAUCAGGAUAGGUACUUUACGGAUCCGGAGAUGGAGGAGGAGGAGGAGGCUGAGGCUGCUUCGUGGUUGUUGCCAAACCCUAAUAACCAACCUCUCAGCAACAAUAAUAAUAAUAACAAUGAGUAUUUGUUGAAUCAUAACCAGGAGCUUGAUUGCUCAUUUCUCGAUAUCGAUGUGAUGAACAAUACUGGUAAUGCUCGUGUGGUGGCGGAUGAGAAGCCGCCUAUGAAUCUGCUGGAUAGUGGUAAUUAUGGGGGAAAUGCGGAUGGUGUUGUUCCGGUGCAGUCUUACCAGACACAACCUGCUCCUGCUCUUGUUGAUGGCUUUCCGGCGUACAAUAUGGAUUAUUGUGGAUCUAGACCGUUUAUGUACAACUUCAACUCUCAGUCCAUCAGCCAAAGUGUAUCAUCCUCAUCACUGGAUGUUGGCCUAGUUCCUGAUCACAAUGCCAUGACAGAUGUAUCAAACAAUAUCACCCAACAUCCCAACUCAGAACCCCUUCCUAAUCCUGUCUCCGGACUCGAUAGAGAAGCUAGAGUUAUGAGGUACAGAGAGAAAAGAAAGAACCGGAAAUUUGAGAAAACAAUCAGAUAUGCUUCAAGAAAGGCUUAUGCAGAGACCAGGCCCAGAAUCAAGGGUAGAUUCGCUAAGCGCUCAGAAAUUGAUGAUGUGGAGGCUCUCAUUUCAACGGCCACUUACGGCGUAGUGCCCUCUUAUUAAGAGGUGGAGCACUUUUCCAUGGUUGCCAUUGGCGUUGCAGACUUGCAGCUGCCUGCAACUACUAGCAAUAUGUCUUGUAUAUAGUGAGUAUUUUUAAUUUUGAUUUCACAAGCUGGAUGAUGCAUGUAUAACUAACUAGUCUUUACUUUUUGGAUUGUACGUGUUUUAAUAAAAUGAAACAAAUCAAUGUCAUUUCCUUA